AUGGGUUGGGCUUUCUGCUUCGAGAUCAGGCCGAGCCUGUGGGUCUACGGAUUCAAACACACCGACCAACAGUGCCACAAUUCUUUUCUCAAGUUUGUGCCCUGGCAGCGUCACGACCAACUUAAACCUCCAUUCCCACGACCGGAGAUCGUCGAAUCGACUGGGAACUACGAGGUAAAAACCUCGAUUACACCUAAAUACAACAACGACGACGACGAGGAGGAUGACAGCAAGAAGAAUAUGACGAGCAAGAACCAUAAGAAGAAAAAUAAGAAGAGCAAAGACGACCAGCGAAAGCGAUCCUUCAUCUCGCAGUCGCCUAAUUGGCAAGUCCUCAUUGAGGAAGACACGUUCAAGUCUGUCCACCUCAAAUGGGAUGAUUCUCAUACAAAUUCCGAGCUUCCAACAUUCGACAACGCUGUCAACGGCCAUCUACGGAGACUGCUCAAGAACAUCAACCUCGAGAUGAUGCUGGAACAACACGAUUGCUUGGUAUCUGGCCGACCGGAGUCGGAACUUGAAAUCGACAACAACAAUCUCCGCUUCACAAUCGCUAUGCAGCUACUCUUUUCAAGUCCUCAAAGACUGAAACGACGACAUUUCAUCGACCUGUAUCACUCCUUUCCGGAUGUCGAACACGACGCUCACUGCGUGCGUCACGACCACAUUCAACAAGCUGCAGGGACGGUGACAACUGUGAUGACAAACCCGGCCGCAGCUAUGUACCUGCUCGAGAAUCCGAAUGGCGAGAAAGAAGGCGUCAUCGGCAAUCUCCUACAUUUCAAGAACAUCGAUAUUAAACUGCCCGAGCUCCCAUUCAUUCAUCAGCUUGUGGUGAAUCGAAGCACAACGCGGAGCUUCGCAGCAAAGGCCAUCAAGAAGCUCCUGAAGCAUUUGACAGGUCUCGAACGCGUCGUCUAG